GCGUCAGCAGACUAACUUGGGCGUCAGAGGUCGAGCAGCAUUUCGUCGGGACAGGCUAAACGCACGCUUCACGCCUCGAUUCACCCAGUGGGUAAUUCAUCAUGGAACAGGCUGGAAGUGAAGGCCGAAGGUGGAAAACAACGGUCAUCGUCAGCACGAGCCUUCAGAAUCAUGAGGUUGCAUAUUUACUCUCCAAUCAACAGCAUCGGAUUCGAUACUCAGAGUGUGUUGAAGCAGGAUCAGUCAUCUUCCCCCUCUCUGGUGUUGCAUUUAUGAUCAUAGACACAAUGGAAUUCUCCGACAUGCGAGAGGAAGCAGGUGUUUUUGAAAAAAUUGAAAAGUUCUUGCAUGUACACAGAAACAGCUUUCUUCUGCUUGUAGCUUCACUUUAUGGAGAAAAAGAAUGGAAAGUACUGUCCACAAUUCAGCAGAGAUUCCUAGGAAGCAGUCUUCGUAUAUUGCCUGUUCACAAUUCUACAGAGAUAACAAGAAGCAUGACGACUAUUGCCCAAGUAACAAGUAAACCUAGCAUUGACAGUGUUAGAGACCGUAUAUCUUUGGCUAGAGCUCAUAUUAUUGACCAAAGCCCUAUGUGGGAAGUGCUUCGCAAGAUGCAGUUUGACUGUGAGUGAAGUCCAUGAUUAUCUAAAAAUCUGGAAUGGACCUCAAGGACUCUUGUAUUUGGUAUAAACAGGAGUAU